GGCCCACCCAAGCUCUCGGGCCGGGCGGGCGACACGCCCCGCGCCAACCCCCGGGUUAGCGCGACUGAACCCCAGGCAGUGAAAGCCUCGCGGGCGGCCUGGUCUGCGAGCGCGCUCUCGCGGGGCGUCCCUCACCCCUGGCCCCCGCUGUCCUGUGGUGGAGGUUGCGGCCGUCAGCUGGGCCAGCGGCUCACGCAGCCCGUAUGGUCUUUCUAGUAAAUUCUGACGGCAGCGGCAGUGCUUGUGUUUGAACUCAAAUGGGUGAUGAAAAGGACUCUUGGAAAGUGAAAACUUUAGAUGAAAUUCUUCAGGAAAAAAAACGACGGAAGGAACAAGAGGAGAAAGCAGAGAUAAAGCGCCUAAAAAAUUCUGAUGAGCGGGAUUCCAAGCGAGACUCCCUUGAGGAGGGGGAGCUGAGGGACCACCGCAUGGAGAUAACUAUCAGGAACUCGCCAUACAGAAGGGAGGACUCCACAGAAGACAGAGGAGAGGAAGAUGAUUCUUUGGCUAUUAAACCGCCCCAGCAAAUGUCUCGGAAAGAAAAAGCUCAUCACAGGAAAGAUGAAAAGAGAAAAGAGAAACGUAGGCAUCGUAGUCACUCAGCAGAAGGGGGCAAACAUGCUAGAGUGAAGGAAAAAGAAAGAGAACACGAACGCCGGAAACGUCAUCGAGAAGAACAGGAUAAAGCUCGCCGGGAAUGGGAGAGACAAAAGAGGAGGGAGAUGGCAAGAGAGCACUCAAGGAGAGAGAGGGACCGCCUCGAGCAGCUGGAGAGGAAGCGAGAGCGCGAGCGCAAGCUGCGGGAACAGCAGAAGGAGCAGCGGGAACAGAAGGAGCGCGAGCGGCGAGCGGAGGAGCGACGGAAGGAGCGGGAGGCGCGGAGGGAAGUGUCUGCUCAUCACCGAACGACGAGAGAGGACUACGGUGACAAAGUGAAGGCGAGCCACUGGGGUCGCAGCCCACCACGGCCGCCUCGGGAGAGGUUUGAGCUCGGAGACGGCCGGAAGCCAGUAAAAGAAGAGAAAAUGGAAGAGAGAGACCUGCUGUCUGAUCUACAGGACAUCAGCGAUAGCGAGAGGAAAACCAGCUCGGCCGAGUCCUCCUCAGCGGAAUCAGGGUCGGCCUCGGAAGAAGAGGAGGAGGAGGAGGAAGAGGAGGAGGAAGAGGGGAGCAGCAGCGAAGAGUCGGAGGAGGAGGAGGAAGAGGAGGAGGAGGAGGAGGAAGAGGAGGAGGAGGAGGAGACCGGCAGCAACUCCGAGGACGCUUCCGGACCGUCGGCGGAGGAAGUGAGUGAGGAAGAGGCAAGUGAGGAAGAAGAGAGUGAGAAUCACGUCCUCGUCGUUCCAGAGUCACGAUUUGACCGAGAUUCCGGGGAAAGUGAAGAAGGAGAAGAAGAAGUGGGUGAGGGCACCCCACAGAGCAGCGCCCUGACUGAAGGAGACUUCGUGCCUGACUCCCCCACCUUGUCGCCCAUCGAGCUCAAACAGGAGCUGCCUAAGUACCUGCCCGCCCUGCAGGGCUGUCGGAGCGUAGAGGAGUUCCAGUGCCUGAACAGGAUUGAAGAAGGCACCUACGGGGUGGUGUACAGAGCAAAGGACAAGAAAACAGAUGAAAUUGUGGCCCUGAAGCGGCUGAAGAUGGAGAAGGAGAAGGAAGGCUUUCCGAUCACGUCACUGAGGGAGAUCAACACCAUCCUCAAGGCGCAGCACCCCAACAUUGUGACCGUCAGGGAGAUAGUCGUGGGCAGCAACAUGGACAAGAUUUACAUCGUGAUGAACUAUGUGGAGCAUGACCUCAAGAGCCUCAUGGAAACCAUGAAGCAGCCCUUCCUGCCAGGGGAGGUGAAGACGCUGAUGAUCCAGCUGCUGCGGGGUGUGAAGCACCUGCAUGACAACUGGAUCCUGCACCGUGACCUCAAGACGUCCAACCUGCUGCUCAGCCACGCCGGCAUUCUGAAGGUGGGAGACUUCGGGCUGGCACGGGAGUACGGGUCCCCUCUGAAGGCCUACACUCCGGUCGUCGUGACCCUGUGGUACCGCGCCCCGGAGCUGCUGCUGGGCGCCAAGGAGUACUCCACGGCUGUGGACAUGUGGUCCGUGGGCUGCAUCUUUGGGGAGCUGCUGACUCAGAAGCCCCUGUUCCCUGGGAAGUCGGAAAUCGAUCAGAUCAACAAAGUGUUCAAGGACCUGGGGACCCCCAGUGAGAAGAUCUGGCCUGGCUACAAUGAGCUCCCUGCAGUCAAGAAGAUGACUUUCACUGAGUACCCCUAUAACAACCUCCGCAAGCGCUUCGGGGCCCUGCUGUCAGACCAGGGCUUCGACCUCAUGAACAAGUUCUUGACCUACUUUCCUGGGCGGAGGGUCAGCGCUGAGGACGGCCUCAAGCACGAGUAUUUCCGAGAGACGCCUCUUCCCAUCGACCCCUCAAUGUUCCCCACGUGGCCGGCCAAGAGCGAGCAACAGAGGGUGAAGCGAGGCACCAGCCCGCGGCCCCCAGAGGGAGGCCUGGGUUACAGCCAGCUGGGUGACGAUGACUUGAAGGAGACUGGCUUCCACCUCACCACCACAAACCAGGGGGCUUCAGCUGCAGGCCCUGGCUUCAGCCUCAAGUUCUAAGGUUCAGAGUGGACCCCAGACCAACCCCCGGGAGCUGACUCUCCAAGCUGAGCUGGGACCAGGGGCAGGUGCUGAACCAGUCCUGCCCCCACUGGAUGCAGCUGCCUUCGCCUCGGCUGCCAUGAAUAGUGACCUCAAGUUUUGGACUAUUGGUCCUGUUGGUUUUCCAUGUUUCGUUUUUAUUUUAUCUUGAUUUGUAAAUUUGUAGAAUUAAAUCAUAUUUCUUUGUGGAAGGAAA